AUGGGCAUCGAGAAUGUUCCAGGUGCGUCGUCUGUGCUGCGUCUGUUCAAAUCGUCUGCAUCAGCAACGAUGGGACCCCGCAAAGUGACGAUAGUCGGCUCAGGAAACUGGGGAUCGGCAAUUGCCCGAAUCGUGGGCAAUACUACGAAAAAUUACCCAGAUGAGUUCGAUCCUAUCGUCCGGAUGUGGGUUUUCGAGGAGAUGGUAGGCGAUGAAAAACUAUCUGACAUCAUCAAUACUCGACACGAAAAUGUAAAGUAUUUACCUGGAAAACUGAUUCCAGAAAAUGUGGUUGCCGUCCCUGACCUUAUCGAAUCAUGUGAAGAGUCAAACGUUCUUAUUUUCGUAAUUCCUCAUCAGUUCGUCAGGAAUGUUUGUAAUCAACUCCGCGGAAAAAUCGCUGGCGAUGUUCAAGCCGUUUCUCUGAUCAAAGGUAUUGCUGCGAUUCCCGAUCCACAAGAAGAGGGUUUGUCUGCGCCAAAUGCUGAGAAGUCAGGUGGCGUAAGGUUGGUCUCGGAUGACAUUAGAGAUAUUUUGAACAUAGAUGUAAGCGUUUUGAUGGGAGCGAACUUGGCCCACGAAGUUGCCAACGACGAUUUCUGCGAAGCAACUAUUGGUUGCAAGAAAAAAGCUGAGAAUGGUAUAAUGCUAAAGAGGCUUUUUAACCGUGAUAACUUCCGCGUCAACGUCGUCGAGGACUCCCACACUGUCGAGUUGUGCGGCGCAUUGAAGAAUGUUGUUGCUUGCGCUGCUGGUUUCACCGAUGGUCUCGGAUACGGUGACAACACAAAAGCUGCUGUCAUUCGUUUGGGUCUCAUGGAAAUCACAAAGUUCGUCGAACACUACUAUCCCGGUUCGAACUUGGAAACCUUUUUCGAGUCAUGCGGUAUCGCCGACCUGAUUACAACUUGUUAUGGUGGCCGCAAUCGGAAGGUGUGUGAAGCGUUUGUGAAAUCAGGGAAGUCGCUUGAAGAAGUCGAAAAGGAACUGCUGCAUGGACAAAGCGCACAAGGUCCUCUGACUGCAGAGGAGGUGUACUUUAUGACAGAGAAGAGUGGAUUAUCUAAUAGAUUCCCACUCUUUACUGCAGUGCACCGAAUUUGCAAAGGGGAAAUGAAACCGCACGAAAUGGAGAAACCUUUGAAAAGGGAGCAUGAGAUGGCUGUCAACAGCACUAGCGAUAUCAUGAGUAUUUCUACGUACUAUCGUGAGAUAGUAAGCCAAAUGAUGUUUGCCUUUGGAGAUCUUGAAGAUCCUAUCCCAGCCUGCAUCGAUUUGGUGCUAGAUGUCGUCAAAUUCCAAAUGGUCAAAGUACUAGAAGACGCUUGGCAAAAUGUCAUAGCCAAUAAAAGAAAGACUAUAAUGUUAGAAGACGUGCUUACUCAAUUUAAACACCACAAAUUUACUAUGAAAAGGCUGCUCCAGUUUGCCUCAGCGGCAGAGUCUGUUAACGAAUUGAAAAGAGCAGCUCCUCGGACCGGAAAGUUGGAUGAAGAUUGUGAGGAAGAAGGUGAUUUGGAUGAGGACGAGAUACCGACAACGAGUGUGCCUGAUACGAACAUAAAUCGAAUGAAGAGCAUUAGCGAAGACAAAGCCCGCCAAGCCACGUUUAGAGAAGAUUCGAGGCAAAAGUCAAAGAAAAAAAGCGAUGGUUCCAAUCUUCUCCGUUGGCUUCGUGCCCCUCAGUGUGAGCCAGUGGUUUCUUUUGUCCUUGCAUUCAUAGGACGUGAAGUGGUAGCUGAAAUGGUGGAAUCUGCUGUUAGUAUACGAAAUUUGGAGGAGCCGAAUCUCUUUUUGAGCGAUGAUCGACAUGGAAAUGUAGUAGAACCUAAUGAACGAGUCCCUCUGCAGAUUCGUCACUACAAUGAAGUCCUUCGAAGAUGUAUCGGAUGGAGACGUCGAAAGGAUUUUCUUUUCGGUUAUUACGAGGAACCCGAAUCCGAAGCGGGAAAUCCGAAAUUUUGUUGA